AUGGCUUCGAAAUCCGAUGCCCGGGUGGCAAGCACACACUCUCCAGCACUACUCGAAGCACACGCCAAACAAGAAGCAGGUCAUCCCGAGGACCUCGUUGCCCGCAUAUCCACCCUCGACAGAGCCUACCAGGCCUCGCCCCCCGAUGGCGGUGUCCGAGCCUGGUGUCAGGUGCUCGCGGGACACCUGAUCGUCUUCAACACAUGGGGCUACAUGAUUAGCUUUGGUAUCUUCCAGCCUUACUAUGCGGAGGUGCUGGCCAUGGAUCCCUCGGCAAUCGCCUGGAUAGGCAGUGUCCAAAUCUUCCUCGUCUUCCUGGUCGGCACCUUUGCCGGCCGAGCGUUCGACGCCGGCUAUUACAGGGCUGCUCUCGUCAUUGGCAACCUGCUUCAGCUCGCGGGCAUUGCCAUGACCAGCGUGGCCCACGAGUACUGGCAAGUGUUCCUGGCCCAGGGAAUAUGUCAAGGCCUCGGGUGCGGAGUCGUCUUUGCGCCCACAGUCGCCAAUGUUUCGACCUACUUCUCCAAGAAGAAGAGCAUUGCCAUAUCGCUCGGAGCUUGUGGGGGGGCUGUGGGGGGCAUCGUCUUUGCCUUGAUGGCACAGCAGCUUCUGCCCAAGCUCGGCUUUCCGUGGACGGUGCGAACGAUGGGAUUAGUCGUGCUGGUUUCGUCCGUCAUUGUCUAUCUGCUGGUCGAGCCAAGACUGCCGCCGAGGAAGUCGGGUCCCAUUGUGGAAAUGGCCGCCUUCAAGGACAGCACAUAUCUCCUGUUUGCCGUCAGUAUGUUCUUCACGCUGUGGGCUGCAUACUUUGCGUACUACUAUGCCCGGGCGUAUGCUCUCAAUGUCCUGGGCGGCUCCCAGUCGACGUCCUUCACAAUGCUCCUCGUCAUCAACGCCGUCGGCAUCCCGGGGCGUCUCAUCCCGGCAUUCAUCGCCGAUCGAUACCUGGGAGCCGUCGACACAUUCAUUCCCUCCAUCUUUUGCGCAGCCAUUUGCAUGUUCGGCUGGAUAGGCGUCCGGAACGUGCCCGCAGACUACGCCUGGCUGUGCAUCUAUGGAUUCUUUGGCGCCGCCAUCCAAGGCAUGUUCCCGUCUACGCUGGCCGGAUUGACCAAGGACCUGAGCAAGGCCGGCACAAGGAUCGGCAUGAUCUUCACAAUCGUCAGCGUCGCAGCACUGACGGGCCCGCCGCUGGCAGGAAAGCUGAUUGAGGUGAACGGCGGGAGGUAUCUGGCCGUCCAGAUCUGGGGUGUGCGUCUGCUCAAGCCGGUUUUUGUUGAACGGCAGGCCAAUGUUCAAAACCCUUCAUUCUCACAGCCCAGCAUGUUCAUGUUCUCAGCACCAUGGAUAUGCCAAAGCUGCACACGCGUGCGCCAGCGCUCAUACUGGCGACAAUUCACUCGCCUCGCUUCGAAUCGGACCUCGAGCGCCGUCGACGCCAGAGUGACAACCACGCAGUUGCCAACCACCACGACACCGCCCACGCCAUCAACACUGGCACCCAGCCUGCUCCAGCGCGCCCAGUCCCUCUUUGCCGAGCGUGAAGCCCUGCAGAAAUCCCUCAACGCCCGGUUCGACUCGCAAAAGGCCCGCCGCGCAGGCGAGCUCGACCGCGUAGCCGCAGCCCUCGCAGCAUGGCGGCAGUCGCUCUCGUCCAUCCGCGACCUCCAAGCCAUGGCGGACGACGAGCAGGACCCCGACCUGGCGGCCAUUGCACGCGAUGAGCUGCAAACCGAACAGGCAAAGCUCGAGUCGCUGGGAAAGAAGCUCUCCGCCAGCCUCACGCCGCGGCACCCGUUCGCCGACCUGCCGUGCAUGAUCGAAUUCCGCCCGGGACCAGGCGGCCUCGAGGGGCGGUACUUUGCAGACUCCGUCUUCAAGAUGUACAAGGCGCUAUGCCUGCGCCGCGGCUACCGCGCCAACGUGCUCAAGUACGAAAUGGCCGACGCGGCCGGCGACCAGUCGUCGUCGGCGGGGGAAAGCCCGCUCCAAGAAGCCAUCCUCGAGAUCCAAGACGCAGGCGCCUACGACACGUUCCGCAGCGAAGCCGGCAUGCACCGUGUGCAAAGGAUCCCCAGCACCGAGAGCAAGGGACGGGUCCACACGAGCGCCGUGGCAGUCUGGGUGCUGCCGUCGUUCCCAGAAAGCAGCAGCAGCGAAGCCGACGCCGACGGCCCAGACAGCGACUUCUACGUGAACCCGCAAGAGGUCAAGGUCGAGACGACGCGGGCCCGCGGUGCGGGCGGGCAGCACGUCAACAAGACAGAGUCGGCGAUUCGAAUGACGCACCUGCCCACCGGGACGACGGUGUCGAUGCAGGACCACCGCUCGCAGCAGCGCAACCGCGAAGACGCCUGGAAGCUGCUGCGCUCGCGCAUCGCCAGCCAGCGCGCCGAGCAGCGCGCCGAGGCCGCCGCCCGGCUCAGGAACAGCGUGCUCUCGCAGACGCAGAUCACGCGCGGGGACAAGAUACGGACCUACAACUACAACCAGGACCGGUGUACCGACCACCGCGCCGGCCUCGACGUCCACAACCUCCCCGACGUGCUGCACGGCGGCGAGACGCUGGAUCGCGUCAUGGACGCCGCCAGGGAGUGGCUGGUGGCGAGGGAGAUUGACGCUCUCGUCGCCGAGGAGGAGGCCAAGGCGGCCGCUGCGGCCGUCGGUGCCAAGUGA